AUGAGACUUAAGUUGGCACUGCGACUAGGAAAGAAGCUCGAAGACUUGAUCUACGACACAAACCAAAUGGUGUUCAAGUGGGACGGCAUGAUCCACGAGCUCAUGAAUGCAAUGGCCGAGGGAAGUCUACCAAACGUGGGUGAUAUAGAACCGGUCACGACCAACGGCACCGCAACACAGGAAACGACUAUCGACCCAGAGGAGCCUCCCGUGUCGUCCGAUGACCCUUUAGACGCCAAAGAACUAGAAACCUUGGACCCGCACCGAGCGCGCCAAUACCACGACGCAACCACGGAGUUCAUCGUUCGGACUGUCGACUGGAAGCCCCUGAUCGACACACUCAACGUAAGGAGGCCAAUACAGGCUGAGGUUUUGUCAAUGGUAGAAACCAUGUGGGAUGACUUCGGCGAGGAGGCAGCAGAUGGCGCCCGUCUCUCAAGAGUAGAUCCUAAGGAGAUUGACGAAACAACCAAGUUCCGGCUCAUCUCGAGACUUUUUACUGUCAUUGCACGCUGA